AUGCUCUCCGCCGGGGAACGUCCCCAGCCGCCGCACGCUCCCAAAGUCGACUCAACCUCAGUGCCCGUGAGCAAGGCGCACAUCAUGCCCAAUCUGACCAACGGCUCCGCGCACCAACCCAAUGCGAAUGCGCAGAUGCAACAUAUCUGGGUCGUAACCGGACCAGCAGGGUGUGGAAAGAGCACAGCCGGCAACGUCCUGCGCAAACACCUCGGCGUCCCAUUCUUAGAAGGCGACGACUACCACCCAGAAUCCAACAAAGAAAAAAUGUCCCAGGGCAUCCCUCUAACGGACGAAGACCGCUGGGACUGGCUCAUCUCCCUCCGCCGAGCAGCAAUUGAAGCCCUCUCCCCAAGCGACGCAAACCAAACCCAGCGCCCCGCCGGCGUGGUCGUCGCCUGCUCAGCCCUGAAACAAAAGUACCGGGACGUGAUGCGCGUGGCCGCCUACGGCUCGCCCAAUGUGCAGAUCCACUUUGUCUACCUCAAGCUGGAUGAGAAGGUCCUCCUGCAGCGCGUGACACAGCGCAAGUCGCACUACAUGAAGAGUAGCAUGGUGCAGUCGCAGCUGGCGGCGCUGGAGGAGCCGAAGGGCGAGUGGGAUGCUAUCACUAUCAAUGUGGAGGGGUCGAUGGAGGAUGUGCAGAGGAAUGUGAUCGAGGCUGUUGUGGAGAAGCUUGCUGAGUAUGAAUGA